AUGGGUACUUUGAUUGCUGCCGGCUCCAAAAAAACUUUGGACCUCGAGGAUGUUCCUCAGCUUGCCAGUAUUGAUAGUGUCAGGUCGGCUUUUCCAAUUUUGAGAAAUAAGGUAGAAUCGGACUGUGAGAGUAGUAGUAAAGUGACGACAUAUGUGCUGGUGAAGGCUUUGAUUUUCACGGUAUGGAAGGAAAUUCUAUUAUCAGCUUUUCUUGUGCUUGCUUACACAUUGGCCUCGUAUGUCGGCCCCUACCUCAUUGAUACUUUCGUUCAAUACCUUAAUGGUCGUCGCGAAUUCAAAAACGAAGGUUAUCUUUUGGUUUCUACUUUCUUCUUUGCAAAGCUAGUUGAGUGUCUUGCACAGAGGCACAUGUUUUUUAAGCUCCAACAGGCUGGGUUUAGAGCCAGGGCUGCAUUGGUUGCCAUGAUCUACAAUAAGGGUUUGACCAUUUCAUGCCAAUCAAAGCAGAGACACACUAGUGGGGAGAUCAUCAAUUUCAUGACAGUUGAUGCGGAGAGGAUUGGUGACUUUAGUUGGUAUAUUCAUGAUUCCUGGAUGGUGCUCCUACAAGUUGGUUUGGCUUUGGCGAUCUUAUACAAAAACCUUGGGCUUGCUUCACUUGCUACAUUUGUUGCUACUGUAAUAGUGAUGUUGGCAAAUGUUCCUUUGGGGAAGUUGCAGGAGAAAUUUCAGGAAAAAUUAAUGGCAUCUAAAGAUAAAAGAAUGAAGUCGACGUCUGAAAUUUUGAGGAACAUGAGGAUUCUAAAGCUUCAAGGAUGGCUGAGAAGAUUCGUUUACACUUCCGCGAUGACCACUUUUGUUAUUUGGAUUGCCCCUACAUUUGUGUCCGUGGCCACUUUUGGUGCUUGUAUACUUAUGGGAAUCCCACUCGAAUCAGGGAAGAUAUUGUCUGCACUUGCAACAUUUAGAAUACUUCAAGGGCCUAUUUAUAAUCUUCCCGAUACAAUUUCGAUGAUUGCUCAGACUAAAGUUUCCCUUGACCGAAUUGCUUCAUUCCUCCGCCUUCAUGACCUGCAGCCGGAUGUUAUACAGAAGUUGCCGAAAGGUACAUCUGACACGGCCAUUGAGAUAGUUGAUGGGAAUUUUGCCUGGGAUGUGACUUCUCCUACUCCAACUCUCAAAGAUAUAAAUCUCAGAGUGUCUCAUGGCAUGAGGGUUGCUGUUUGUGGUACCGUUGGUUCAGGCAAGUCGAGCUUAAUCUCUUCUAUCUUGGGAGAAAUGCCCAAAAUAUCAGGAGCUAUUAUGCUAAGUGGAACAAAGGCCUACGUUGCUCAGUCACCCUGGAUACAGAGUGGGAAGAUUGAGGAGAAUAUACUUUUUGGUAAGGAAAUGGACAGAGAGCGGUACGAGAAGGUUCUUGAAGCAUGUUCCUUAAAGAAAGACCUGGAAAUUCUCUCCUGCGGUGAUCAGACGGUUAUAGGUGAGAGAGGAAUCAAUUUGAGUGGUGGACAGAAGCAGAGAAUACAGAUUGCGCGUGCCCUGUACCAAGAUGCUGAUAUCUAUCUAUUUGAUGAUCCAUUUAGUGCAGUGGAUGCUCAUACAGGAUCACAUCUUUUCAAGGAAUGUUUACUGGGGCUGCUGGGUACGAAAACUGUAGUUUAUGUUACUCAUCAAGUGGAGUUCUUACCGUCUGCAGAUCUGAUCCUGGUCAUGAAAAAUGGGAGAAUUACGCAAGCUGGAAAAUAUGAAGACAUUCUAAAUUCAGGAAGCGACUUCAUGGAACUUGUGGUUGCCCAUAAGGAAGCUUUAUUGGCGCUUAAUUCCGUGGAAACAAGUUCAGGCUCAGAAAAAUUUAAUAUCAGCGAGGAACGAAAUGGUAUUGGGGGUGCUAAGAAGGUUCUCAAGGACGAUAAAAGUGGAGUUGGUCAAAAUGGCAAAGCAGAUGAUGCUGGGGGAGCAAAAGGUCAGCUUGUUCAAGAAGAAGAAAGAGAGAAAGGAAGAGUUGGUUUUUCGGUCUACUGGAAGUAUAUCACAACUGCGUAUGGCGGAGCACUUGUGCCCUUUAUAUUAUUGGCACAAUUUUUCUUUCAGCUAUUUCAAAUUGGGAGCAAUUACUGGAUGGCAUGGGCAACUCCGGUCUCAAGUAAUGUACCGCCUCCUGUUGGAAGCUCGACUCUUCUAAUUGUCUAUGUAGCUUUGGCAAUCGGAAGUUCUUUUUGCGUCCUUUCCAGGGCCUUACUUCUUGUGACGGCCGGGUACAAGACUGCCACAUUAUUGUUCAAUAAAAUGCAUUUCUGCCUUUUUCGUGCCCCUAUGUCUUUCUUUGAUGCCACUCCUAGCGGAAGAAUACUGACCAGAGCAUCUACAGACCAAAGUGCAGUGGAUUUGAACAUUCCAGGUCAAGUUGCGUCUUUUGCCUUCUCAAUAAUACAACUCCUGGGAAUUAUUGCAGUGAUGUCGCAGGUUACUUGGCAGGUCGUCAUCAUUUUUUUUCCUGUCAUUGCCAUUUGCAUCUGGUUACAGCAAUAUUACAUACCAUCAGCACGAGAAUUGGCACGGUUAAUUGGAGUUUGCAAAGCUCCAAUUAUACAGAAUUUUGCUGAAACAGUCUCAGGAUCAACUACGAUUAGAAGUUUUGAUCAGGAAUCUAGAUUCCAGGACACAAAUAUGAAAUUGAUAGAUGGGUAUUCUCGACCAAAGUUUCACAGUUCUGGUGCAAUGGAGUGGCUAUGCUUUCGCUUGGAUAUGUUGUCUUUAAUUACAUUUGCCUCUUCCUUGGUUUUUUUGAUCUCUGUUCCGGUGGGAGCAAUUGAUCCGAGUGUUGCGGGAUUAGCAGUAACAUAUGGGCUUAAUUUGAACAUGUUACAAGCUUGGGUCGUAUGGAAUCUUUGUAAUCUAGAGAAUAAAAUUAUAUCAGUUGAAAGAAUACUUCAAUACAUUUCUCUCCCCAGUGAGCCUCCUCUUGUUAUAGAAUCUGCCAGGCCAGAGGCAGACGGUCACUGGCCAUCACAUGGUAAAGUUGACAUUCGUGAUCUGAAGGUGCGAUAUGCCCCACACAUGCCACUUGUGUUACGUGGCCUCACAUGCACUUUCCCUGGAGGAAAGAAGACUGGCAUUGUAGGAAGGACGGGCAGUGGUAAAUCAACACUUAUACAGACACUCUUCCGUAUUGUUGAACCAGCUGGUGGACACAUUUUUAUAGAUGAUAUCAACAUCUCUUCGAUCGGGCUGCAUGAUUUAAGAUCUAGAUUGAGCAUAAUUCCACAGGACCCAACCAUGUUUGAGGGGACGAUACGAAGCAACCUGGAUCCACUUGAAGAGCAUACGGACGAACAGAUUUGGGAGGCUCUCGAUAAGUGCCAGCUUGGAGACGAGGUUAGGAAGAAGGAAGGCAAACUUGAUUCAGCAGUUAAUGAGAAUGGAGAGAAUUGGAGUGUGGGUCAAAGACAGCUGGUCUGUCUUGGCCGUGUUCUACUGAAGAAAAGCAAGGUUUUGGUGCUUGAUGAGGCAACAGCAUCAGUUGAUACAGCGACUGAUAAUCUGAUUCAGCAAACCCUGAGGCAACACUUCUCCGACUCCACAGUCAUAACCAUUGCACAUAGAAUAACAUCUGUGCUCGACAGUGACAUGGUCCUACUAUUAGAUCUUGGAUUAAUCGAGGAAUACGAUACUCCAACCAAGUUGCUGGAAAACAAGUCAUCUUCGUUUGCUAGGCUCGUAGCAGAGUAUAGUGUGAGAUCAAAAUGAUGAUGACCAUCAAGUUGUAGUUAUGUUCUCAGGUACAAUUUGCCCCAAUGGAUGGGGCAUCUUCUAUGUUCCAAAUUAUUCUCCUAUUUGAGUGUAUGUGACGUGUGGAAAGCCAACUUAUACGUGCGUAUAUGUUCUACGCAAGAUGCGUUAUGAAUAAUCAAUAAAGAAUUGGUACCGAGUAUUAUUAUGUUGGUAGAGAUGAGUUUGACAGGUUUUAAGAAUUUGCUUGGGCAUGUUUGGGAUAGAGAAGAUAUGUAUGGUGG